GCGCGUUCGGAGUAGUUGCCCGGUUCCUACAGCAUCGUACGCUGCCGACGGUGAUCGCGUUGGUUCUUCCGCAACAUGCUUUUUUUGUGGCAUUCGAAACUUGAAUCAAACAUUUUUUCGUUUUCACCUGUUCGAUUUUUUUUCACUUUCAAACGAUAUAUGAAUUGGUAGUUUAGUGCGGCGCGGAUGAUUCGAACGGUAAAACGGGACCCGUUUCGAACUUGAAUCUAUACUGCUCCGUCGCAGUUCACGGCUUCGAACUGUGCGUGAGUGCUUUAGUUUUCUGUUUUCUGGUCUGCUGCACAACGAACAGAAGAAAUCCUUUCAACGACUCUGGGGUGAGCCAGGUGAUACCACCCCGAACCGGACCACUCGCUAUUUGCAUAUGCUCACGAUCGAAAACGGAUACCAUUUUUUUUUUGCUAUCGCUCCGGACAUAAUCGAGUACACCGGCGGACUGACGGCCCCGUAGUCAGAUGCUGUUUACCUGCACCCACCGUAGUAAUCUACGACCGAGCCCCUAUAGCUAGCUGUAGUCUAUCGCGGGCGCCUGUGUGCAAAGCAUUUGCGGUUGUUUUUUGAGGUUAUUUUGCAACGCACAUCAGACAUCAGAGAUAUGCGCAUGUGGGCGCGUCACACACGUGAACCGCAGUUCGAUUCGCGAUCGCGCGCUUGAGUUUGCUCUCAUUUUCCAAUCAAAGUCACCGCCGCCGAUGCUGCGUUAGAGCUAGUGGAGGGGCCAUAGUGUUCGAUUUGAUCGUGAUUGUCAUCGGUUGCUGCGAGUGCGAUGAACGGGGAUCGUCGGUGAUGGUUGGUGACCUUCGAUUUUAGUGCAUUUUUUCAGUGUUUAGGCACAUGAGUUUCCGCGCAAAGUUUGUGAAUUACAAAAGCAUUUGUAAAAAAAAUCCCAUACGUUGAAAUCAAAGCAUCGGAGAGGCAAGGUCAAUGAAAUUGAGUGGAGGUGCGUGUGGUGAAAUCACUCGCUAGUACGGAAUUCCCAACUGUGGCUGGAGGAAGAAAAUUGGUUUGCGUUUAAUCGAAUCCAGCUGUUUCGAAUUUGGCGGUGUGCGAUGAUGCAAAUGGGAUAAUUUAUUCAGUUGCCUUUGCAGCUUGAAUUGCCGAGAAGGGAAGAAGUGAGAAGAAACACCGUUCACUGAUCGGGUGUUGGUAUAAUUGGUAUGUGAAGAAUGUGAAUCGGCGCAAGGUGUUUGUGAGAGGUGUCUACCACAACGAUUAAUGAACUCGUUAAUUCCGGCGCAAUUGAAAUUGUUAUUUCAAGGGAGCGAGACUAUAUGACCCGUAAUCUGUCGAUUGCUGUUCCUGAAGAUUUAUCCGUGUGCGCACAACCAGACCACCAAAAUUGAUAACCGCCCGACCGAACCGUAGACAGAUCCGAUUGCAGCAGCAGCUCGUUAGCCUCAGAACUUACCCCAACCUGUGCAUGUGAUUAGAUCACAGGCCGAUACUCACGGGCGGGUAUUUUUAAUGCUUGGGAAAUUCCCUUUUCGAUUGACGAGCUACGCAUUCCGUAUCUAUUGACAAACUUGGCGCUCCGUUCUUUGACUAAGUCGAUCUGGCUUAUAGGAUAAUGAGCCCCAGGGGGAGGGCGGGGUUUGAUUAACUCCGGACGGACAUUAAUUGAAAACGAGAGGGUGCGGAGCCGGGAUGUCCUCUGGGUGUUCGAGCUGUUCAACAACGGUAGCAGGAUUGGUGGGCAUGUUCGAAUCGCAGUCGACAACUGACGUCAAAGCCGUUGCUGUCGCCACUAAUGCCACUGACCGUAUUUGCCCAACGAUAGGGAACUCGGGAGGGGAACGCGUUCGGGGAGAGAAUCUCCGUAUCUUAGUUUGUGGUAACGAUAAGAAAAUCGGUGAGGGUGGUGGAAGAGAGGAAGAAGUCGACGAUAGACAAGAGGGAGCAAUGACUGGUACAAUAGCGGUUGGAAGCAGCUUACCCCGGCAGAGAAAAACAGCCGUUUACAAGUGCUAUUGGGACGAAAGAAAAGAUGUCGAAGGUGAGCGGCAUUGUGGCUCGGGAUCCGGUUCGUUUUCGUCCGGGGUCGAAAGUGACGAGGAAAUGGUCAGAUUUCCGUGCGUGGAACGGCUUAUUGAAAUGUAUGCCAACAUUAUCAAGCAGAAAGAGGCUGAAACGCAAAGCUUCCUGAAUAGUGUGACCGAAGAGAAGGGCGGAAAUCGGAGUCGGAGGGAUGACAGCGAUAAAAGACGAUUAGAUAAGACGCCAGUCGUCGCCGGUGGUGAUAAGACAGGUGCCAACGGUACCAGUGAAGCACAGUCGAGUUCAACUGGCAGUACGACACUGGUAGAGCAGCUGAAUACCAACAGCACUGUUAGGGUCCGUGAAAACAAAAGUCCCAUAUCGGAUGACGAUUGGAGUAACAUCCAGCAAAGUCCUUACUGCUCAAGUGACGAGGAAAGUCCAAAAACCGGCACUCAACGAAAGAUGAAGAACCGCGAAAAGGUCACCCGUUCGUCAAGUUCGGACUCUGCUCUCGGACUUGAUGAAGAUAUUGGACAACAGGAGCAACAACAAAUUAUUUCCAGUGUUGGCAAGACUCGGCGGCUCACCCUCGGAGUAUUGGACAUCCCACUUCGCUCGGCUCUACUCCCCGUGGCAGAGCCAGCGCUCCUCCCCAGCUCCGAUAGCGUAACAAUCAAUGCAGCCUCAGAUCAAUGCCCGAUGGUCGUCCGCAGCAAGAUGAUCUUGGAAGCACAGCUCAUAGAACUUCCUUUCGGAACGAAUCCCCCUCUCGCAGACACUGGAUCAACGGAAGUCAUAGGCUAUCCUAACAAUUCAAUCUCUCGCCGAGAAUCGGCCCAAAGCUACGUCAGCGACUCCGGAGUAGACGGCGUUCGCUACGUUCGAACUCCCUCCGUGGUGGUAUCUGACUACUCGGACGACACCAUGUGCGGAAUCACCCUAGAAGAAAUAGAAUACCUUAGGCGUCACCGGCUUCGGCGGGCAUCCACCGAUGGCGAUGACUCGGACAUCAGUGCGGCAUCGUCCUGCAGCAAUCUGAACUACUGCGGUUCGUCGAUCAGUGCCCUCGAGGGUUGCGACUAUCAGUGCGGGCUGCGAACUCCCGAGCGGAAGGUUUCCGACUGUUCGACCUGCUCCACGCUGAGCUGCGAAGAGGACACCGAUGCGGUUCUGAGGCAACGGCUGCAGGAUCUCGGUCUACGGCCACCGGUCAGUGAUCUCAGCGAGAAGGUGUACCCGGAUCUGGACGCCAAGAAGCGACCCAAGAAGAAGCCCUCGGGAUGGCGAAAGUUACGCAACAUCGUACAGUGGACGCCGUUCUUCCAGACGUACAAAAAGCUCCGGUAUCCGUGGGUCCAGCUAGCCGGUCACCAGGGCAACUUCAAGGCAGGCCCGGACCAGGGCACGGUUCUGAAGAAACUGUGCCCCAAGGAGGAGAAAUGCUUCAAGAUCCUCAUGAAAGACGUGCUCCGACCGUAUGUUCCCGAGUACAAGGGCCACGUGAACAGCGAUGAUGGUGAAUCCACCUACAUCCAGCUGCAAGAUCUGCUCACAGACUUCUACGAGCCGUGCGUGAUGGACUGCAAAAUUGGCGUACGGACCUAUCUCGAGGAGGAGCUGUCGAAAGCCAAAGAGAAACCGAAAUUGCGAAAGGACAUGUACGAAAAAAUGAUCCAAAUCGAUGCGAACGCUCCGACUGAGGAGGAACACCGCGCCAAGGGUGUCACUAAGCCACGCUACAUGGUGUGGCGCGAAACGAUCUCCAGCACUUCCACACUAGGCUUCCGGAUAGAGGGCAUUAAAAAGAGUGACGGCACCAGUUCCAAGGACUUCAAAACAACCAAGUCUCGGGAUCAAAUUAUAGAGGCUUUCCGGGAAUUCACCGAAGGAUUCCCACAUGCUAUGCCCAAAUACAUCCAACGAUUGAAAGCCAUCCGCGCGACGCUCAGUUAUUCGGAAUUCUUCAAGCGCCAUGAAGUGAUCGGGUCGUCGCUGCUGUUUGUUCACGACCGCCACAAAGCCAGCGUAUGGUUGAUCGACUUUGCCAAAACGGUGGCCCUGCCGGACAAUGUGGACAUCACCCACGAGAACAAGUGGAAAGUCGGCAACCACGAGGACGGCUACAUGAUCGGAAUAAACAAUCUGAUCGAGAUCUUCCAGGAGGUGCACGACGCCCAUCAAGCGGCCCUGGCCGAGCGAAUACCGAGGCUAUCGCUACCCGACUUGGACUCGGACCGCAGCAAUAACAAUAACAAAGUUAGUAGCAACCACCACGUUAGCCCGCCGAUUAUGGCGGAAACCAGUGCAGAACCACUGUCGGAAGUGCAGCCUUCGUUGGUGGACGGUUUAGGUUCGCUCGAGCUCAGUUCAGCGACGACCGAAACGACUAGCGCGGGUGACAACAGCAGCAGUAGUGCUGCCAACUGCCUCAACAACAACAACUGUGACUGCAAGGUGGACGAUCCCGCGUCGCCACCAGCGACGUCAACGGAUACGACGACGAACGUUCCGGGCUCGAAUAGUUAAUCACCCACUGCAACGGUGAAGAAAAUGGUUUCCGUUUCUCGAAAUGGACCUUAGAUAGAAAAUUAGCAUUUAAGGAGACAGGAAGCGAGCAUUUUUACUAUAAUAGUGCAACGCAAGAAUCAAGAGCAGUGUAGAAGCUCGAUAUCAAGAGUCUGAUCUAGGACUGAAACUAAUAAGCUGUCGAUUUUUAGAUGGAGUUUGCAACUUUAGUGUUGCACUCAAGCGAGAGAGAGAGAGGCCGGAAAUCGAACGCAUAAGCUUCAAAGUCUUCUAGUAUUUUUUUCUAUAAUGUGUUUUUUUUUUGUACAGAACUCAAUUGUUAUAAAUUUAUUUUUCGCAAAGGAAAAUUUGCGUACUAUUUAUAUACGCCUUCAUAUACAAAUAAUAAGGAACUGUAUUAAUGCUAUUCAACGGUUGCAUGCUGUUUUAUGUGAGGCUGAGGUUCAACUGAAUGACAAAGGGUGAAAUACCUGCGAUGAACAAAAUUCGUAAUGUUGAUUAUUCUAUAAAACAAAUAAAUACGAAUUGAGUGCAACUGGCAAAAUCAUUGUGUAGAUUGAUAGGACAACGAGAACACAAUAUACUCUAGACGAUAAGCAAAGUAGCAUGAAUUUUAGAAUGAAUAAAUUAUCUUCAACUCAGA